CCAUUUCAAUAAGUACAUGCGCUAUCGGGCGAGGAAAUAUAUGGGUGGCAGUACGGGAAUAACGAGAUAAAUACACAUCUAAAACGACAUAGCUUUUUACGUGUACAGCUGUGUAAAGGAGACGGAAAUUUUGAAAAAGAAAUAUAAAGAGAAAGAGAGAGACAAUCAAAGAUAGCAAGAGAAACUUAAAGAGAGAGAUGUGAAAACGAGAAGGAAAGAGAGAGAGAAUGAGCGAACCUUUAAAGUAGAUGAAACACAUUACAGCAAUAAUUAGCGAUCGAAUGCAUCAGGUUAGAUUUCUAUAUAUGCAGUGACCUUGAGCCCGAUCUGGUGCAUAUAGUAGCCUCGUGCAUUUAAGUACAAAACUGCAUCCCAGAUGCGGUUGCAUUCGAACCCAGCGAUAGAAUAGUUUACUCCAAGUAAAGCAUCAGGCAACAGUAGCUUUCAAUGCAUGUCGUCAUAUAAAGCCUACCUGCGUAGUCAGCAAUGUACAUGUGUCGGCUGUUGUGUCACUUGAUUCUGGACCUAAGGAUAGGACAAUCAGUAACGUUUUGCAGCUCAGUGCGGUCAGCUGUCGAUCGAACGCUGAUCUUCAGUGUGAUAGUGAGGCAAACGAUCGAACCUCAGCUUUGUUAAUACAACUCUUUGAACAAGUGUGGUGUACAGAUUGCGUCUCGUGAGAAUAAAAUUGUAUGCGUAGAAUUCCAAAAGACAAACAAACUGCAUUAAGUAUUUGGACUGCAGAAGAGAGUGAUAUUGAAAUUCAUUCCCAAUUUGUACCAUGGGGUUGUGCUGUGGCAGUACAGAUCGUGUUACAAAAUAUUCUAAAGAAGACAUUCAACAGCCAACUGAAAGUGAACCACUCAAAUAUGAUCCUGACUUUAAAGGACCUCUAUCCAAAAGGUCCUGUACGGAUCUUCCGUGUUUAUUUUUGUUUGUUACUUUUCUCUGCGCCUGGGGUUACGUAGCGUACUAUGCUGUUCAACAUGGCGAUUUAAAUCGAUUGCUUGUGCCAAUUGACUCAGAUGGACGAAAAUGUGGCGUAGAUAGCGAAGUUCGUGACGAACCUUACCUUGUGUUUUUCAACAUAACUGAAUGUGCUAAAAUCGAUGUGCCUAUUUCAGGAUGCAGCACUACACAGGUUUGUGUAAGUCAAUGCCCAAAUCAAGAUUUUGAUUUCGAAUCCGCAAACUGCAAUCCUUCCAAUGUUAAUGAAAUCCGUUCCAAAUUAAUAUGUAAGCAAAAUGUUAAGAAAUCCGACCUAACAACAUGCCAAAUUAUUCGACAAUAUAUCAAAUCACAGAGAUGUGCACAGACAAUGCAAAAAAGCACUCCAUUGGUAAACCGAUGCGUUUCUAACAUUCCGGAGGGACAAUGUACUCUCAUACCGAAACAGUUUCGACAACAGCCGCCCAUUACAAGUACCAAAUUUCAAACCUCAGCCGAACAGUGUAAAGAACAACGCGAACUUGAAAAUAUUUUGGAAGAAAAAAUUUCUAAACUACAAUCUUUUUUGGCAAGAUACGUGAAUAAUCUCAUAUCCGUUCUAACGAAAAACAAUAGCGUGCAUCAGACUAGUCAAAUGAUAGUGGAAGAUAUUUUGGAAUCUUGGCGCAUGAUAUUAGUUUUCAUAGCAUGUUCUGUCUUGGCUAGUUUAAUUCUCAUCGCGAUGCUUCGAUGGAUAGCAAAACCUCUAGUAUGGAUUUCGAUUAUUGGAGUAAUUACUGCGCUAAGCUAUGGAGUUUACUACAGCUUCCGGCAAUACCAGCAAAUCCGUGCCAAUCCGGUAGCAGCACAUGUGAACGUGUCUCCAAAUCUUAGUUCUUUGGUAAAUUCCUGGUUUAAGUCAGAUCAAACCUGGCUGUGGAUACUGAUUGCCUUAUCAGUUAUAUUGAUCGUCUUACUAUUGGUUGUAUUGGUCUUACGAAAAAGGAUCGUGAUCGCCAUCGCCCUUUUGAAGGAGGGCAGCAAAGCUGUUAGUGCCAGUUUUUCGACAGUAUUCUUCCCCCUUGUACCAUGGAUAUUGCAGGCUGUGGUUAUUGUAUUUUCUUUAUUAGUACUUUUAUUCUUAGCAUCUAUUGGUGUUCCUGUAUACAAGGUAAAUGGACUCAACUCGUCUUUAACGUGCGUUUGCACAAAUGGAUAUAUGGAAGGUGACAUAUGUGAUCCAGUCGCAUUCAAUGAAAAUUGUCGAGACACUAGUAGGAUCUAUGAUCAAGAACGAUGUCUUGAUGCUGCAUGUCACUUUCAAGAGGUGGAUACCCCAGGUAUAGUUAGAUUCUUCCAUGCUUUAAACGUGAUUGGAUUUUUUUGGUGUAUUUGUUUUGUAUCCGCAUUCAGCGAAAUGGUGCUUGCUUUCACAUUCGCCACAUGGUACUGGACGCGCCAAAAAUCACGCCUUCCAUUCUUUGUGUUGACGCGUGGCGUUACACACACGGUUUACUAUCAUCUUGGUACAUUGGCUUUCGGAUCGUUGAUUAUUGCUAUUUGCAAAAUUAUUCGAGCCAUUCUCGAAUAUGUAGACCAUAAACUUAAGCGGUACGAUAAUGGAUUCACUCGUGCUGUGUUGUGCUGCUGUCGAUGCUUUUUUUGGUGCUUGGAAAGUUUUUUGAAAUUUUUAAACAGAAAUGCCUACAUUAUGUGUGCAAUCUAUGGCAAAAACUUCUGCUCAAGUGCAAAAGAUGCAUUCAGCCUACUUACGCGAAACGUGCUCCGAGUAAUUGCAUUGGACAAGGUUACGGGAUUCCUAUUUUUCUUGUCUAAGUUACUCCUUGCUUCUGGAAUGGCAGCCGUAACGUACACGUAUUUUGAUAGUGAUCUACCAAAGAUGCAACUAAAUUACCCUUUUGUGCCAGCUGUACUCGUUUUCAUUGGAACGUUCAUUAUUGCGUCCAUAUUCUUCAGCGUUUACUCUGUUGCUGUUGACACCUUAUUUUUGUGUUUUUUGGAAGACAUAGAACGAAACGAUGGCAGUGCCGAACGACCGUUUUAUAUGUCCAGAGGAUUGCAAAAAAUAUUGGGGAAGAAGCAAAAGUAAAUUGAAGAUAUCACCAAAGAUUUAUUGUCUACCGUCAACACUGUCGCGGGGUAGCAGCACCAAUCAACUGCAGUUCUUCCUAUGGACUAUUUGGAUAAUGCGUGACCAAGCAAAUAUUUCCACGCACAUAGAAUUCUAAACCUUUAAGUCAAUACAGCCCAUUUGUAAAUAUUUGGAUGAAACAGCUGCUUAAUAGUGUAUGUCAUUUUGUUCACAUAUGAACUAAUUUAAGUCUAUAUUUUGAUACUAAUUUAUACAUAAUGCGUACCAUGGGUAUGAUGAAAUGAAAUUCAACGAGAAUUUAGAAGAACAGAUGAGAGUAGGCAUUUAAAUCAAGAAUAUAUUGUGAUUGAUAAUAUUGGUGGAUCUUAUAAGAAUUCAAAACUCAUAAAUGCAAAUUACACCUUGAUAAUUUUCUAAUGUAUUGAAUAUUUCUACAACCAUCACUAGAUGAAUUGUAAUUACUAUAUACAUACAGUAAUUUACAGUAAGUAAAAAACUAUACGACCAAAGUAUGUACUGUUCGGUAAAUAUUGGAAAUUCAUAUCUGGAAUUGAUAGUGAAACAUUAGAUUGUACUAUAAUGAUGAUCAAAGGAACAGAUUUCUUGUUUUGACAAUGGUAUAGUAAUGAAAAUAUCAAUUUUUCAAAUUUAACUUACACCCGUGUUUUAUUCAUAAUGUUGUGGAAAACAUUGAAGAAAGCAUAAAAACUCGGUGUUCUUAUAGUUUUGAAAAGAAUUGUAUACACUAAUAUUCAAUGUGAAGCAAUACGUUCUAGCCUUUCCUUCUGAAUAAAAAGAAACUGUAAAACAGGCGUUUUGAAAUCUAGAAAUCAUAAGAAGCAAUUAAAACGGAAAAGUCUGCCAAUGGUGUUCUAUUGUGGUUUAAACCAAAGCAUGGGGAAUAUGUUUCAUAAAUAUUAAUAAAUUGUGGAAUUUCAUCGAUCAUUGAAAAUAAACUGACACUAUUUUAAAUAAA